AACAAAAUGACCAAAUCAAUCCUGACAGACGCUCUCCCCGAGCCGCCUACCUCGUCCGUCCGGCCGUACCCCACGCACUGCCAGGACCUCGCGCUGCAGAAGUACCUGCUCCUCCAUGAGCAGCACGAGUCCCUGCGGCAACACCUCGACGAGCUGCGCCCGCCGCGCCACCAGAGCCUCACAAACUCCCUCUACACUCCCGUGUCCCCCAACCCGCCGCCCACACGCCGCAUGUCCCUGUCGCCCAUGACCGAUCACACGUCGCCGUCGUCGUCACGACACACCGGCAUCUCGCCGUCUUCGCUGAGAACCCCCAGGAGAAGCAUUAGCCCCCCUUCCUCCGCGGUAGCAGCCGCUGCAGCGUGGCGGAUGGCCGAGGUCGCGGUCGAGGAGGCCAAGCUGUGCGACGUCAACGAGGGCAUGAAGCGCGCGCUGACCGAGCUGCUCAAUUGCGAGACGGUGCGCGGCGAUCCGGCCUUCCGCAUGUGGGUCCAGUGCCGGCUGCUGGACACGGAGCGGGAGCUGAGGAGUGGGCGGAGGAGGCGGAGCGCCCCUGGUGCUUGA